AUGACAUCGGAAGUAGCCAUCGCCUUGGUUCGUCCACCCUACGAGGCUGGCGCGAAACCUUCUGCCUCCAUGGCGGCAUUGAUGCACUCGAACAACGAGCCAGUCGCCAUCUCAAAUCCGAUAUCCACCCCGUCCACCGCCCUCUCAAGCCCCGAGCCCAUCUCCUUCCUCAAAGCUCCCUCAAAACCCGAUACCAAUUUGAGCUCCAUCGCCAGUGCCGGCCUACACGUCUCGCGAUCCCAACCCUCUCAGAUGACGACUCCAGCCUCGGCGCCGGCGGAUCGGCCGAUCGAGCAGGAGCAGAAGACCGAACUUAAUAACACUCAGGUCGCCCGCGAAGCAUUGGGGGCCAGCGAGCGGUCGCCAGCUCAUUCCAUCCACGAUCCUUCCAUUCAUGCGUCGCCCGAGCAGAUGCAGGUAGACACGCACGCGAAUGAUGCUGCAACGGACCCAUACGGAUCGACCGAGCACCAUCAGAAUUCUCUCAUGCAGACAUCGACCGUCGCGAGUCCCGGACCUAUCGAAGAAUCGGCCUCGCAGGACGGUGACCGACCGCGGCCCCGGGCCGCUUCGGAUCUCGAACAAGACAGCAAUAAAGCCUUUUCGUAUCCUAUGCCCUCGGGCGGUCCUGGUAUGCUGGCAGCGAAUACCCCGCCGCCUCCCAGCGCCCGCCGUCUAAGCAUUAGUGAUCCGCGUCGCGGACUGAGUCUGCCCGACGCGGGCUACAAUAGAGGCAGCCUACGCUCGCCAUCGGCGAAGAAGCACCGCUGCCCCUACUGCGCCACAGAAUUUACCCGACAACAUAACCUUAAGAGCCAUCUGCUCACCCAUAGCCAAGAGAAACCAUUCGUCUGUCAAACCUGCCAAUCUCGUUUCCGCCGAUUACACGACUUGAAACGGCACAGCAAACUCCACACCGGCGAGCGCCCUCACAUUUGUCCCAAGUGCGGGCGUCGCUUUGCUCGCGGCGACGCGCUUGCGCGCCACAACAAGGGCCAAGGUGGAUGCGCCGGUCGACGGUCAAGCAUGGGAAGCUUUGCGGGAGAAGAUGAAUACGGCGACGGGCACCCUCCGGAUGACACAAUGGAUGGUCUGGUAUACGCGGAGCCGGAGCGCAUGGAUGAGGAAGACGAGCGACGACUGAAUAUGCCGAGCAUUCGCAAGCCUGAUGCUGAUUCUCUUUCUCGAUCUGACUCUCUCCACCCCCGUCAGCCCAGCACGUACCCACCGAUCGCUGCUGGUCGUGCUCUUUACCCACCUCCAGGCUCGCACGGUGGCUCGGGUCCACCAACAACGGCGACCUCGCAACCUGGAAACAUGACCUUCCCACCGGCAGGCCACCAGUCUGGCUCAUCUGUUUUCACUCCGACCAAUGUCGGCGACAGCCCCAAGCCGCUCUCUCCGAAUGCUCUCUCGCACCAUGACGGACACUCACAACCCCACCGCGCAGCCUCUCCCGCCAUGGGUCAGUCGUUGCCUCACCCUCAGCCCUCCUUUGCUCGAACUGGACAACCCAACCACGCCCCGACAGGAUUGGGUCUGCCACCACCCCCAGCUGGAGCCCCUCACCUCCCUCCGCCCGUCAUCAGUUCGCCUGACGCGCGAUUCGGCCUUCAGGCACCAGCGAAACAUACGUCAUCUCACGGCCAUUCCAGCUCCCAUCCGGGUUUCCCGAAGGUGGGACUCGAUGGUCCUGCUGAGACAAACAAUGAAGCUAGCCAGAUCGAUAGGCUCUGGCAGUACGUCCGCUCCAUGCACGAUGAAAUGACUGGGUUGCGCGAAGAAGUCGCGUCUCUGCGCGCACACAUCGCGACGAUAAACCCAUCAUCAGCACCCGCGCCCGUCGAAAUCAACCAGGCCAAUUCCGGCCCAAGGUGA